GGUUGUGGUUUGAAGAGGAUUCCUCCUACACAUCAAACACACCCACGUGCAUGUCACAGUCUAAAUAGAUCCACAGUGCCACCUGAUAAUGUAGCAGAGAGAGAGGUAGGCUGCCAGGUCAACUCUGUUUAUCAGAACGUCAGAGGAGGAGAGAAGUGAGUGAUGAAAGAAGAUAGAGAGCUGAGAUGACAGCUGGCUGAUGGAGGGAGAGAUAGAGGUCUGGAGGCUACGUGUGAGGGAGAAAUGAGAAACGUCAGUAGCUGCAACAAGCUAAACCCAGACAGACAGAACAAGACACAACAGAGUAUGGCAGAAACCCCAGCAGAGCCUCAGAUUGACUGUGAGCUGCAGCCCCCAUCUAAUACCCUUUCUGAGCCUCAGCUCCAGUCCCAACUACAUCCUCUCUCUGAGCCCCAGCCACUACCCCAGCCUUGGCCCCAGCCCCUACCCCAGCCGGAUAGCCUUCAUGAGCCCCAGCCUGAUACCCUCCCUGAGCCCCAGCCCCAGUCUGAAGAGGAGGUGAAGCCCUGGAUGUGGACACGUCACCGCGUACUCCUUCUCUUCCUCCUGACAUCCUCCUUCUGCGCCUCCAUAGUGGGUCUGGCCUACUACUCCCAGCAGCACCUCCCACCAGAGAGCACACCGCCAGCCUCUCCUCCAUGUACCUCCCCGGCUUGUCAGAGGGCUGCCGCCCGUCUUUCCAUCUCAGUCGACCCCUUCUCUCAGCCCUGUGACUACUUCCUGUUUCCCUGUGGGUCUGAAGGGGCGUCUCUGUCCAACAGGGGGAGACAGAGGGGCAAGGGCAUGCCCCUACACCCACAGGGCCACAAGAGCAGGGCAGCACAAGCAGAGAAAGAUAGAGAAAGAGGGAGGAAGGAGAGAGAGACAGGCACGGACAUAGUAGAAAAGGCUCCAGCAGACAGAAUGCCAGACAGACAGACUGCACUACUGCUGACAAUGAGGGAGAUUUUGGCUGAGGACCGCUCCAGCCCGGGUAACUCAGCGAAGCAGAAGGCCUGUAUGUUCUACCGUUCCUGUAUGGACACUGGCCCCACAGAGACCGCCGGGCCAGAACCUUUCCUCAGGCUACUCCACAAGCUGGGUGGCUGGGCUGUAUCAGGCCGGUGGAACCAGACAGAUUUCAACUCCACUCUGUCUCUACUGAUGAGAGACUAUGGCACCUUCCCAUUCUUUAGUGUUUAUGUGGGCAAGGAUCCUAACGACACUCAAGGAGACAAGCGAUACAUUCAGAUUGAUCAGCCGGAUUUUCAGAUACCUACUGAAUGGAGCAGCAAGACUCAGAAGUCCAAAGCUAACACGCAGAUCCUGCGUCUGUUCCUGGCCUCGUAUCAGAGGUUGCUGGGCCUGUUGGGCUCUCCCUCCAGCAGCACCAGUCUCCAUAUAGGCCUGUUCAUCUCUCUGUCCUCUGAACUGGCUGUAGCUGCCUCUCCUCUGCCGCAUCGCCUGCAGCAGGGGCUACUGUACCAGCGCAUCACCAUCAAAGAGCUACAGACCCUGGCCCCUGCCAUUGAUUGGCUGGGCUGUCUACAGACCACCUUCCAUCCCCACCCUGUUAGCCAAUCGGAUCACGUCCUCCUGCACAACCUCCCUUACAUAGUCCACAUGUCCCGCAUCAUCGGCAAAUGGCUGAACAAGCAUGAAUUGAGUGGGAGUGGCCCUCUUCACACCUUCAUGGUCCUCAGUCUCCUCCACACUGUCAUACCCGCGCUGGACUCCAGGUUCACUCAGACAGAGAGGAAUUUCUCCUUAGCUCUGGGGACUACAGAGGAGGAUGUCCCUCGCUGGAGGCAGUGUGUUCUGCAGACUGAGAAAGGGUUUGACACGGUACUAACACACCUACUGAGAGAGACUACCGCAUACACAGAGGCAGAGGAGCUGAUUCAGAAUGUCUAUUCCUCCAUCAAGUCCAAACUACCUGAUCUCAGGUGGAGAGAUGAGGAGUCUCGCAUGUCUGUUUUGAAUAAGAUUCAGUCUCUAACUCCAAGACUUUCAACUAAAAACAACAUUUUCAGUGAAGCUGAACUCAACCAACUGUAUUCAAAGGUGACAAUUGACAAACACAAGUAUUUCUCCAACUACAUCCAGUCUCUCUCCCUCCAGCGCCAGGGAUCAAACAAACUCUUUUCCCAGACUGAAGGAGAUGAUAUUUGGUCAAUCACUCCAUUUCUCUCCGACAAUGAGCUAGUCUUUCCCAUGGGGAUGUUUGUCCAGCCUCUCUUCCAUCCUACAUAUCCCAGGGCCAUCAACUUUGGGGUUUUGGGGUCUUUGAUGGCCAAAGAUAUUCUCCAUCUCCUUCUCCCCAACAUCCAUUCUCAGAGUGUGUCUCCCAGGUCCAUAGCAGAGUGUGUGCGGUACCAGUACCUGAGUAUGACAGAGGGACCAGGGAGAGAGGGGGCGUUCUCGCUGUCACCGGCACAGCAGCAGGAGAUGUGGGUGCAGUACUCUGCUCUGCAGAUUGCACUACAGGCUUACAAUCAGAGUUUGAAGAAGUAUCCUGGUGACUCCUCUCUCUCAGGCCUCUCUCACACUCAUCUGUUCCUUACUUCAUUCACUCAGAUCAACUGCGACUCUGACCCGUACCAUGAGUUCAUGCCCUUUGAACCUUCCUUUCUGGUUACUGUCAUCUGUGGGUACUCUGACCUCUGCCCUAAGACCCUCUCCUGCCCCAACAAACCCCAGCAGCACCUCUUAGGGACAUGCUGACCUACAGAUCUACAGUAACAUCUCCUACUAAACAAAAAAUGCAGAGCCAUUGAUGAACACACAAGACUGUGAUUUUAACAGAUCGGUGUCCCCACGCGGGACGGUUGAGCUAAAGUAAGCUAAUGUGAUUAGCAUGAGGUUGUAAGUAACAACAACAAAGGAAUCCCAGGACAUAAACAUAUCUGAUAUGGGCAGAAAGCUUAAAUUCUUGUUAAUCUAACUGUCCUGUCCAAUUUACAGUAGCUAUUACAGUGAAAGAAUACCAUACUAUUGUUU